AGUUUGGGAUAGAGAGCUGGUGGUGGUGGAGUCUGUCGGGCAGCAACAGCAGUAGCAGCAGCAGCGACAUGUCUGAGUAGGAAACCUUCGUUGUUUGGCCUCAGGAGCAGCGUUCAAUCUCCGCGUUAAUGAUGGGACAGUGUGGAAUUACGUCCUCCAAGACGGUCCUGGUCUUUCUCAACCUGAUAUUUUGGGCCGCUGCUGGCAUCCUUUGCUAUGUUGGAGCCUACGUCUUCAUCACUUACGAUGACUACGAUCACUUCUUCGAGGACGUUUACACUCUGAUCCCAGCAGUGAUCAUCAUAGCUGUCGGUGCCCUGCUUUUCCUCAUUGGACUUAUCGGAUGCUGCGCCACAGUGAGAGAGAGCCACUGUGGACUUACGGCGUUCGUCGUCAUUCUCCUGCUGGUUUUCAUGACGGAAGUGGCUGUGGUGGUUCUCGGAUAUGUUUACAGAGCAAAGGUAGAAGAUGAAGUCAACAGCUCUAUCAAGAAGGUGUAUGACGAGUACAACGGCACCAACAGCAACGCCCAGAGCCGGGCAAUCGACUACGUUCAGAGACAGCUUCAGUGCUGUGGCAUUCACAAUUUCUCCGACUGGAAGCAGACGCACUGGUAUGAAGAGUCCAAAAACAACAGCGUUCCCAUCAGUUGCUGCAAAACCGCAGGCUGCACAGGGUCUCUUAUCCAUCCUGAUGAUCUCUACCAAGAAGGUUGUGAGGCUCUGGUCGUUAAGAAGUUGCAGGAGAUCAUGAUGUAUGUCAUCUGGACUGCGCUGACGUUUGCUGCCAUCCAGAUGUUGGGGAUGCUGUGCGCCUGUGUGGUGCUGUGUCGCCGGAGCAGAGAUCCCGUCUACGAGCUUCUCAUCAGCGGGGGUACCCAAGCGUAAACACUGAAAACACUUUUUUCUCGUUGUAAGGAUUCUUCUGAAUUUGUAUCAUUGGUGAAAGGAUAAAAAAAAUCUGUUAUCAUACUUAUAUUUAUACACUAAAUACAGUAUAUGUGUAUGCUUAACUUCUUUUUUCCAAAAGGCUUUUGGCCAAGUUUGUCGAAGGCCAAAGUUACACACACACACAAAAAAAAAACUGCUUUGAGGUGGGCAUGAGGUUUCUGAUUAUUCGAACCAGAUUUAAAGAGUUUAAUAUGAACAGGGUAAUUUCCUUAUUGUAGCUGAGAUAACAUAUGGACCGUGCAUUAUUUUUUAUUUUUUUAUCUGUCGAGUACUUGAAUGAAAGAGGGAAAUUUCUACUUUGCUACUACUUCUCAAGUAUGACUACUGCUCUGUUUUACCUUUCACCAGUAAAAGAAAUGGACUUCACCUGCUCCCAAUUCAACAGCAUGGGUUUGUUUGUGUGUAUAAAGUUAAAUAAACUGGCUUUAACUUUGAAUUUUAAGAAAUAAAUGUUUAGUAUUUGACCUCCUUGAGGUAUUAGUUGGUUUUGAAUUUGAUAGCUUUAUUUUCCUCUCAUAGCUGUUUAUUUUUGUCCCAUCUACUCUCCUACAAUGUGGUUUGUUCAUAUGUAGCAAUGAUGAGACUUGAGAAUGUAUAUAAAACGUGUUUAAGUAAAAGUUUCAAACAAAUGA